AUGGCCCCGUGGCUGCGCUCGGCCGGGCUGGUGGCCGGCUCGUCGCUGGCCUUCGCGGCCCUCCGGUGGGCACUGAGCCGAUGCCCGCUGCCCGCCCACGUCCGCCGCGACGCCACGCGCACCUGGCGCUGGAAGAACCUGCUGGUCUCCUUCGCGCACUCCGUGGUGGCCGGCCUCUGGGCUGUCGUCGGGAUGUGGCAGCUGCCAGGGGCCCUCGAUGACCUGGUGCAGACCACCUCCCCUUCCGCCCACCUGUUGCUCUGCUUUUCCACAGGCUAUUUCAUCCAUGACUCUCUGGACAUCAUCAUCUGCCGCCAGUCCAAGGCCUCCUGGGAGUAUCUGGUCCACCACGCCGUGGCAAGUGGGGAGCGGGGGGGGGGCCUGUGGGGCAGGAGGAGGGGCUGACCAGCUUGCAUGCCAUGGAGUCCUCGAUUUACGACCAUCAUUCAGGUCAUAAGGCACGACGUUCAUUAAGCAGGUCAUCGUCACCCUUGUUAAGUGAAGCCCCGUUCAUAAU